CCGCCACCUACUGGGACGGAGAACAAACGCGAUUCUUCUCCGACUGAUAUGCAUUCGACAAGAGGAUGGACCUCCAAAUCCAGUAGGGGGCAUCCAAUAAGAAGAAUUAUUUUUCUCACACGACGGCGUGUUUAGAGAGUUAUGGCUUGGGUGGAUUUGCAGGGUGGUUCCCAGGCGUUUGGUAUCUUAGCAGGCGUGGGAUGCGGGCUCUGCUUUGGCUGGUAUUUACGAGGACGAUUCUUAAAACCUGUCCGGGGGAGUAAUGGAUAUUGCGGAGAAGCUGAAAAUGGGAAUCAAACAAGCGUUAUGGGAGAGAGUGGUGAAUUCAAGAUGGUGUUAAUCGUUCGCACCGACUUGAAAAUGGGCAAAGGCAAAGUGGCGGCGCAGUGUUCGCACGCAGCAGUUUCUGCCUACAAGCAGGUGAAGCGGAGAAACCCAGAACUUUUGAAACAGUGGGAAUACUACGGGCAACCCAAAGUAGUGUUAAAGGUGCCAGAUGAGGACUCUUUGCUGGAACUUUUGUCCCAUGCCAGGGAAGUCGGCCUGUCAGUCAGUCUUAUUCAGGAUGCAGGAAGAACACAAAUCGCUCCUGGCUCAAGAACUGUUCUUGGUGUAGGACCAGGACCAGCAGAUCUUGUGGACACAGUAACAGGUCACUUGAAGCUGUACUAGAAAUAACUGAAGUAUAGAUUGUGUUUACUGAUGUAUGCAAUCCUUAUAAUGUAAUGGUAUCUUGGUUCUCGAUUCAAGUGACUUAUGAAAAUGAGUAAUUUGUGUAAUAAAAUGCUAGACACGUUUA